GUUAAAAAAAUAGUUCCACAAACGUGAUGCUAUUCUGGGUUGCUUUAAGAUGGCUUCCAAUAGAAGCUGCCUAGUUCCUACAGCCCUUAUUUUCUUACAAUAAAAAGCCCCCGCCAGAAUUGUAACUCUCCAAGCAAUCAAGUCCACAAACAAAGCUUCCUUAAUUCCAAAACCAUCAGCUUCCCCCCAAAUCGAUCACAUCAAGCAUGUUUUCCUUUACAAGCAUGCCUUCAACAACAUCAGUUCUAUCAACAUAUACUUCCUUCGCUGCAUCCGCAAUGCUGCUCCGGACAGUGAUCAGUGAGGUCCAGACCAUGACCACUCAGCUCAUACCUCAACAACUCCAAGAAAAAUUAUCUUCCAAGCUUGGAGGCCUAUUCGGUAAUAAUUUCUCUUCCCAAAUUACUCUCAUCAUUGAUGAACACAAUGGGCUUUCCAUCAAUGAAAUUUACCAGGCUUCUGACAUCUAUUUAAGCACAAUAAUCACCCCCUCAGUCAAACACCUCAAGGUUUCCAAGGCCCCACGUGAGAAGAACCUCUCCAUCACGAUCGACAAAGGAGAAAAGAUUAUUGAUGUAUUCGAGGGAAUACGUUUAAUUUGGGAAUUCAUUUCUACUGAAAAACAGAAAUCAAAUUUUGACUAUGAAACCUCUCUCCACUCAACAGAAACAUCUGAACAAAGAUCAAUUCAUCUCAGUUUAAACAAGAAAUACAAGGAGAUUGUGCUCAGUACUUACCUGCCAUAUGUGGUAGACAGAUCAAAGGCCAUAAAAGAAGAAAACAAGGUGGUGAAACUUUAUUCACUUGGAAACUCCUAUCAAGAUGUCAAUCUUGACCACCCAUCCACUUUUGACACACUGGCAAUGGAUCCAAAGCUCAAGAAAGAGUUGAUGGAUGACUUGGAUAGAUUUCUGAAGAGAAGAGAGUUCUAUAGGAGAGUAGGGAAGGCAUGGAAACGUGGGUAUCUUUUGUAUGGCCCUCCUGGUACAGGUAAGUCAAGCUUGAUAGCAGCAAUGGCUAAUUACUUGAAAUUUGACAUCUAUGAUUUGGAGCUUUCGAAUCUACAUAGCAAUGCAGACCUCAGGAGGCUGAUAGCCUCUACUGCAAAUCGAUCUAUUCUUGUAAUUGAGGAUAUUGAUUGUACCAUUGAGCUGCAAGACAGACAAUAUGGAGGAUACAACCAAAGAGACAACCAGGUGAGUUCAUAGAUUGUAACACAUUGAACUUAAUUACACU